CAUCAAACAGUCCGCAGCCUUAUGGCAGGCGUCAAGAAGCCCCGGGGCAUUCGCCAUGAUCGCCACUGUGAGCGAUGCCGGGCUAACGGUAUCAAGUGUGAUCUGAAUCGCCCUCGCUGUCAACCAUGCGUACAAAGUGGAGUGACGUGCCAAUACCCGCAAAGAGUCAUCUGGAUGGGGAAUAGAGAGCAGAGAAAGGACCAACCAACUUCGCAAAAAUCGCCAUCGUCAAGCUGCCCUGUGUCGCAAGACCGAGAUAGAUCGUCGCAGGAGCCUCAACCACUGCGGGUACAACCCACCAAGCAUAUACCGAUCAACCUCAACGGUUUCAUCGAUCUCCUCUCCGAGUUCUACCAAGAGAUCCAGUCCAGCAAGCAAGAGCUUCCCGAUGAAACCAUCGAACUUAUAUCACAUACCCUAAGCUAUGCACGCUUGCGCCUCCAAGGCGCAAAUGACGACGACUCCAUCCAAUCACAUCUGGUCGCAUUGACAAACCUUAGCAGAGUCAUUGACUCCGCACACCCUAUUGCAUUAUUCGGAAUAGGGACCUUCGCCAUGUUCGAGGUCUGCUGUGGAUCCUUUGGCAAUUGGCAGCGCCAUCUACACGGGGCACGUUCCUUACUGGACCUGCAUUGUACAAAUAAAGCCGAGUUGGCCAGUCUAACUGAGCGGAUACCCGGUCUAGCAGACGUGCUCGCCUACCUGGUCUGGUUUGACGUGACUGGCACCGUGAAUCGAGGAGACAACAACUUGAUCUUUGAUAAUUGGCAUCGCGAGAUCCUAACUCAGGACUUUCUUGACUGGGUGGGAUGCCCAGCAGAUACGUUCGAGCUAUUCGUGUACCUUGCAAAGGGCGAGCAUGAUUUCGAUCCCCUCGAACUCGGCGCCCGAGCGAUGCAACAAAUCCUGCGCAGCAACACGAAUAACGUGACGGACGCGAGUCUCGCAGACGUGGCCUACCGAGGCUCGGCUGCAAUGGUUUCUUUUGCUCGCGCCGCAAAGGGUAGCGUAUCGCCAAAUACCUCGAUCCAUGCAGACGUAAUAUCCUCCAUGGUGGAUAAAGUGUGCGAUGCAAUAUCUAGAAUGCCAACUUCAUCCCGAUUCUACGUGCACCUAGCCACAUCUGCUUAUCUGACGGGUAUGCAUGCCAGCACCGGAGAUCAGUGCGAGGUGGUGCGGGGUUAUUGGCGGAAUUGCCAAUUGUGCGACUUUCCGAGAUAUCCGGAUGGUGAGGAACAGUGUGAGCGGAGAUGGAGGGAUAAGGGGAUAAUUAUCGCGUGAUAGAGAGCGACGAUUUCAGCUGUUUAUUUAGGAUGGGCG